UCAGAGCAUCUCGCGGAAGUUCUACAGCGAGUUGCAUCAGUGACAGUGGAGUAAAAUUUGUCUUAUCACUAAGUGACACGUCGCCGUAGCUGAUAUAAUUCAUCGUUUACGGACCUGAGCCUCAGUUUACACCAACAAGCUUAAGCAGUAACUAAGAAGCGCUCGAACACUCGACGUUGUGACAAAUUUUGUGUACUAUACAUAACUCACACUACUAUAAAACUUGUUUAGUGCAGUUACAAGUGUGAUAAUAAUGUGGACAUCACUGAAUGUAUGUAUUAUAGUAAUGGUGAUUGGUGUACAAAGUGGAGAAGUUGCACAAUGGCAACAGCAAAAAGAAAAGGUUGUUAGUGCACUGUUCCACCAGCAAGAGGCAGCGUGGGGGGUGGAGGUGCUGCAGCAAGCUGCCAGACAAGGCAACCUAGACGCCGAGAGUGACCUAACCCUGGCACGUCUCUUGGGGACAGGUAUGACGCAGGACAUCGCAGGGGCGGCAGCGUCGUCCAGCAACCUGGUGAAUGUGGGAGGCGCUCGGGCCCACACCACUCAGGGCCUCCUCCUGUCUCAUAACCUGACGGGCACCUCCCUCACGAAGGAGGAGCGACACAGUCAAGCCGUGUGGCACUACUUGCUGGCAGCAAUGAACAAGGACCCGCUUGCUCAGAUUAUGAUGGGCGGGCACUACUGGAACGGCGGGGACUGUGAGGCCGCCCUCCAAUAUCUGCGACGAGCAGCUGUCACUGUCAUCCCCACAGCCAGAGAGGAGGCCAUCAGCCAAAACCCGCCCAGAUAUUUGUGGGCUGAGGACGACAACACUCCCUCCAUCUACCAGAUGCCGUCCCUUGACGAGUUUCAGUUCUUGGAGUACUCGGCCAUGACCGGUGACCCAGUGGCAGCCCUGAGAGCCGGUAUCAUCCUGCACAAAGGUGUGCCCGACGUGGGACAAGACCUUGCGCAAGCAGCUGUGUAUCUGCGGCAGGCGGCCCAGGCCAACAGCACCUCAGCCAUGGUGAUGCUGGCCGCCAUGCACCUUCACAACUCUGUCGCCCCAGACCGUGAUGACACCCUCGACCUUCUACAGACAGCGCUCAUUCUCGGCGAUAAGACGGCUCACACAUACUUAGGUUUACUCUACCUUAAAGGAUUCGGAGACGUACCUAAAAAUCUGGCAAGGGCCAAAAAACACCUGGAACAAGGCAUCAGGACUGGGAGCGUGGAGGCGUUCUAUCUGAUGGGAAACGUGUACGAAGACCCCGACAGUUCUGGGUCGCCGGAGGAAGCCAUGAUGAUGUGGGAAGUGUCAGCCACUUUCGGCCACGUACCCUCAGCCUUCAGGGUAGCCGAGAACUACUGGCAGAAUUUGCAAAAGACGGUAGCUACUACUGUCAUCCCAGAGAGCAGCUCGGCUGUUUCAGAAAACCUGUGUCGUAAAGCCCUUCCCCUGUACCGGAUGAUCUCACUCUCGGGAAGUUGGCAGUACCUGCAGGAAGCCGCCUACGAGGACUACACCAAGGGGCGCUACGCCCCGGCGCUCCUCAAAUACCUCCUGUUGUCUGACCUGGGCUACGCGUCAGCUCACGUCAACGCGGGUCGUCUGUUGGACUCUGGGAUCACUGGUGUGUACAGUAGUAUAGAGGCAGCCCAGAGUGAGGCACUGAAGGUGUGGGGGCGAGCAGCAGAGGCCGGGGUGGCCACAGGGCACCUCCGCCUGGGUGACAUAUACUACUACGGUGAGGGUGUGCCGCGGGACUUGGAGGCGGCAGCCACGCAUUACGGUGAUGCUGGUAAGCUGGGCAGCGCUCACGCCUUGUUCAACAUGGCUAACAUGAUAGAGUGGGGUGUAGGCGUGAGUCAGAAUGUGACCAACGCCAAGGUGCUGUAUGAGGCAGCCUAUGAGGCCAUUUCUGACGCCUAUGUUCCCGUCAGUCUGGCACUACUCAGGAUGGACCUCUUCCUCGCCAUCAACUCGACGCUCGGUUUUGACCUGUACUACACCAGCUGGUCCCCCACCAUAACUCGUCACACUGGUCUGUUCUCAACCCUAGACGCUAACAUACCUGCCUGGGAUAUUGUUGCGAUGGUCGUCCUAGCAACAGUUAUUGUUGUCAUGAUAACUGCUCGUCACAGACGCUGACACCAUAACCAUGUAACACAAGUAACAUAGGUUGUGUUAUUUUUAUGGUCACGUUACCCAUCUCACCAGCACGUCCUGCACACCUGAGUGUUGGUCACUAGUAUUACUCACACCCCUACCUCACCAGUGACACUCACCAUCACCCAUCACCAGUGACACUCACCAUCACCAGUGAUACUCACCAUCACCAGUGACACUC